AUGCCUAGAAAUGUUAGGAAAAACCCCCGAGAUGUGUCAAAGCUCUCGGGGAAACCACUGGUUGAAACCAUAGAACCCUCACAUAUUUUGAACCCCACCCAGGACGGAUGGGUUACCUCAACAGAUCUGAAAGAAGGAGAGCUUUCCUUUACCCCCGAGGUCAUCGAGGACAUGACGCUGUUUCUCUUGGAAAAUCCCAACCUGAACUCGAGCCAUUUAUUUCGUGCAGAUAUUCUCUACGACAGUCGGGGUAUCUUGAGUACCCCACAUGCGAAGGAGAUAUCAUUCGCAGAAUCCGGCAAUAUUGACACGAACGAUUGCCCUAAGCCCGGUGAUUCUGCGGAGCCCCUUCCAGCGAGAGACGUGCCCGGGUUCGAGCUAACAAGGACCAUUGUGAGGAGAUUGAUUCCUAGAAACAAGAACCUGGAUCGGCCCCUGGAACAGACCUGUCAUUUCUACGAGGGAGAGGAGUUUCUUCCCGCAUCUGCUCGCACGCAAGAUGCGCAUGGUAACCAAGAUGAAACCGAGGCCACGGUAUCACGCAAACGCUUCUUGGUCGUGUACGUGCCGCACGUCUCGUCCAAGGAGGACAUGCCCUGGUAUCAUCCCCUGCUGCGCUCACUGGCCUUCCUGUACGACUUCACCUACAACAACAAUGUAGAAUCAGCCGAAGCAAAGCAUGGCUCGGGAACGAUGUCCGUACAUUUCCUGCCGUACGAAGGAGAGCCGAUUCAGAAUCGGCUGGAGCGUACCUUGCUCGCUCUUCUGAGCACUCAAAUCCGGCUCGCUCGUCAAACACGCCUCACGGAGAAGCCUGAAGGAGGCAACUACAAUCCGAACAAGGAUAACGUGAUUCCAAGGCAUCUGGUUCAAGACACGUAUGCGCGCCUGAAACUGAAGUACGCAGCUGAUCUAUGUAAGAACUGGGUCGAAGAGACGGAACCGAACAAGCACGUUUUCGAGGACCUCUCGAUUACGGCCUUCCUCAUUGAGCUAUGGAGGAGUAUGUAUGGAGCUGUACCCGCUGAUGAGAGGGGUUCAGCCCCCGGCGAAAAGGAAGACCAUGACCCGAAAUUCCCGGGGUUUGUGGAUGUUGCUUGUGGAAACGGGCUGCUUGUCUAUGUCCUGCUCUCAGAGGGAUACCAUGGGUGGGGGUUUGACGCCCGUCGCCGAAAGACCUGGAAUACCUUUCCACCCUCGAUUCAAGAGCGGCUCAAAGAGGAAAUUUACAUCCCGAAGCCAUUUGCAGACGUAUCCACAGAGUUGGAUCUGGACAUUGGUAUCAAGACCCAUACCGGGAUGUUCUCGGAGAAUACCUUUAUCAUCUCAAAUCAUGCCGAUGAACUGACAGUUUGGACGCCGCUGAUGGCUGCGCUCUCAAACCCGGCAUCUCCACUUCCGUUCAUCUCAAUCCCCUGCUGCUCCCAUUCGCUCUCUGGCGCCAGACAUCGCUAUCCUCCUCCCCGGCCUAAGAGAAAGGAGGAAGUCGAUCGUCCAGACGCUGAGGUGGAACAAAAUCCGCAACCGGCUACCGGAGACCUAAAGGCGCUUCGAGCCGCCAAACAACAGGAGCAGACCGACGCGGGGAUGUUGAAUUCCAUGUAUGGCUCCCUGACUGCCAAGACGAUGGGCAUUGCCGAAGAGGUUGGAUACGACGUGGAAAAGACCUUGUUACGGAUUCCUAGUACAAGGAACAUGGGUGUGAUUGGCGGCCGUAGACGGAUAACACAGGAGUGGGGAUCUAGAGUCAAUACUGCACAGAUCUCGCCUACGGCUGAUGGUGGAGCUCAUGAUGCCAAUGUCGACGGGGUUACUGAAAAGGCCACGGCGGUCGUUCAGCGCGAAUGUGCCCGCGAAGGAGGAGUCGGGCUUGCAGCGAAAAUUUGGAUAGAACGUGCUAAGGGUCUCCACAAGGGACAGGGGAAGGGCAACCAACCAACUCAUUGA